CUACUCUCUCUCUCUCUCUCUCUCUCUCUCCUCCGUUGUGGCCUCUCUUUCGCUCUCUCUUUUUAUGUCUUUCGUUCGAUGUGUAUGCAUCAUCGCCUCAUCAGCUCUUUCUCCAAAACCCUCUUUUCUUCGCCCUUUUUUCCGCAUCGCCCUAAUCGUAGGUUCUUGAGAUAGGGGAGAGGCUGGAAUCGAGAUGGCGGGGAACCGGUCAAAUCUGCCCUUGCGGCUGCAGCAGAUCCUGUCCGGCGGGAGGUCCGUCUCGCCGGUCCUUAAAUUGGAGUCCGAACCGCCUCCAAAGGUUAAAGCUUUCAUCGAUAGGGUGAUCAAGAGCCCAUUACAUGAUAUAGCUAUACCUCUUUCAGGCUUCCGUUGGGAGUACAAUAAGGGAAAUUUUCAUCAUUGGAGGCCGCUUUUUAUGCAUUUUGAUACAUACUUUAAGACGUAUCUUUCUUGUAGGAAAGACCUCCUUUUAUCUGACAAUAUCGUUGAGGAAGAUCCAUUUCCCAAACAUUCCAUUAUGCAGAUAUUGAGAGUCAUGCAAGUUAUUUUGGAAAAUUGCCACAACAAGAGUUCGUUUGGAGGUCUAGAGGUGAAACUCAAGAUUCAAGUUCAGAAUUAUGUCCAUAAUAUUGCACAAUUUCAGCAAAAUUGUAGAUUAUUUUAUUUGGCAUUCAGGCUUUCUAACUUUUUUUUAAUCAUGUUCUUCAAUCAGCAUUUCAAGCUUCUACUUGCAUCCACAGAUCCAGAUAUUCUUAUAGCUACCUUGGAAACUCUUUCAGCUUUGGUGAGAAUAAAUCCAUCCAAGAUGCAUUUGGGUGGGAAAUUGAUUGGCUGUGGCUCUACGAAUAGCUAUCUCCUGUCUCUAGCACAGGGAUGGGGAAGCAAAGAAGAAGGCUUGGGUUUACACUCAUGCGUAGUGGCAAACGAGAGGAACCAACAUGAAGGACUGUGCUUGUUCCCUUCAGAUCUUGGAGAUAAUUGUGAUGGCACCCAGCAUCGUCUGGGUUCAACUCUUCAUUUUGAAUACAAUAUGGGUUCUUCCAUAGGUACUGAGGGAACUAAGCCAUCCAAUAUACAUGUUAUAAAAAUUCCAGAUCUGCAUCUAAGAAAGGAGGAUGAUCUGGGCAUUUUGAAGCAGUGUGUCGACCAGUUUAAUGUACCUCCAGAGCACAGAUUCUCAUUGCUUACAAGAAUUAGGUUUGCACAUGCUUUCCGCUCGCCGAGAAUUUGUAGACUAUAUAGCAGGAUCAGCAUUCUUGCAUUUGUUGUUCUGGUACAAUCAAAUGAUGCUCAUGAUGAACUUGUGUCUUUCUUUGCAAAUGAGCCUGAAUAUACAAAUGAGCUGAUCAGGCUUGUUCGUUCUGAAGACUGUGUUCCUGGAACCAUAAGAGCACUUGCUAUGCUUGCAUUAGGAGCACAGUUAGCAGCAUAUGCAUCAUCUCAUGAACGGGCUAGAAUAUUGAGUGGUUCAAGUAUUAUAUCUGCUGGUGGAAAUCGGAUGAUGUUGCUAAAUGUGCUACAGAAAGCUAUUGUGUCACUUAGCAACCCCAGUGAUCCAUCUACUCCAGUAUUUGUCGAUGCUCUUCUGCAGUUUUUCUUACUUCAUGUUCUAUCAUCUUCUAGUUCUGGUAGUGCUAUAAGGGGGUCAGGAAUGGUUCAUCCUCUUCUACCCCUUCUGCAGGACUCUGAUCCAGCACAUAUUCAUCUCGUCUCCUCUGCGGUUAAAACCUUGCAAAAGCUGAUGGAGUAUAGUAGCCAAGCUGUAUCACUAUUUAAAGAUUUAGGUGGGAUUGAACUUUUGGCUCAGAGGCUACAGAUUGAAGUUCAUAGAAUUAUUGGCUCAGGAGAAGGCAGCAGUAACACAGUGAUUUGCACCGAUCUAGGAAAAUCUGAUGCAGAUCAUAUGUACUUGCAGAAACGCCUCAUCAAGUUUUUGCUUAAGACAUUGGGUUCUACUACAUAUUCCCCAGCAAAUGCUACAAGGGCCCAUAAUUCCCACCAUAAUUCCUUGCUUUCUUCUUUAUCUUUAAUAUUUAACAAUGUGAACUGGUUUGGAGGGGACAUAUAUUUUUCAGCAGUAUCUGUUAUGAGUGAAAUCAUUCACAAGGACCCCACAUGCUUUCCUGUUCUGAAUGAAUUGGGUGUCCCAGAAUCAUUUUUAUCAUCAGUUAAUUCUGGGAUUAUCCCUUCCUCAAAAGCACUUAUAUGUGUUCCUAAUGGUCUUGGUGCCAUCUGCCUUAACGCUAAAGGAUUGGAGGCGGUUAAAGAAACUGCUGUACUGCGAUUUCUGGUGGAGGCCUUCACAACAAGGAAAUAUUUGGUAGCAAUGAAUGAGGGUGUUGUUCUUUUAGCAAAUGCUGUUGAGGAGCUUCUUCGGCAUGUAUCUUCGUUAAGAGGUGUUGGUGUUGAGAUAAUAAUUGAAAUUGUUAACAAGCUUGCUUCCAUGGGAGAGGAGAAGUGCAAGGAAACUGCAGAUGAUAUGAAUGAGAACACUGCCAUGGAAACUGAUCUUGAAGAAAAGGCAAAUGAGGGGCAUGAUUUGGUAAGUGCUAUGGAUUUGGCUGCAGAUAGCAUCAGCGAUGAGCAGUUUGAGCAAUUAAGCAUUUUUCAUGUGAUGGUAUUAGUUCAUCGAACAAUGGAAAAUUCUGAAACUUGUAGAAUGUUUGUAGAGAAGGGGGGCAUAGAGACUUUGUUGAGACUUCUUCAACGACCUAGUAUCACACAGUCAUCUGAUGGGAUGCCAAUUGCUCUGCAUAGUACUGUGGUCUUCAAGGGCUUUACACAGCAUCAUUCUGCACCCCUUGCACAUGCAUUUUCUUCCUCUCUUAGGGGGCACUUGAUGAAAGCCCUGAAUGAAUUUAGUUCACUUUCUGGCUCGCUUUUGCAGGAUACCAAGUCUGUGCAAGACAAUGGAAUUUUCUCUUCUCUUUUUGUUGUUGAGUUUCUCCUUUUCCUUGCUGCUUCUAAAGAUAAUCGUUGGAUGAGUGCAUUACUCACUGAAUUUGGAGACUCUAGCAAGGAUGUCCUAGAAGAUAUUGGACGAGUUCAUCGUGAGGUGCUGUGGCAGAUUGCCCUUCUUGAAGAUUCAAAAGUUGAAAGAGAUUAUGAUUCUUCUUCAAGUGACAUAAAUGUAGAUCCUGGUAUGGUCGAUUCAGAAGAGCAACGGAUUGGUUCUUUUAGGCAGUAUCUUGAUCCAUUGCUGAGACGGAGAGUGUCUGGGUGGAGUAUAGAGUCCCAAUUUUCUGACCUCGUUAGUAUAUAUCGUGACCUCGGCCGUGCUGCUACUGGUUCACAUAGACAUGGUAUAGAUGGCUAUUCAACUUUGCGAGUUGCUCCUACUACCCGAUCUCAGCCUUCUAAUUCUUUAGACACAAGUUCUGCAAGCAAAACAGAAGAGGACAAGCAGAGAUCUUAUUAUUCUUUAUGCCAUGAGACGAUGAGGUCACUUUGUUAUCAUAUUAACCAUCUCUUUAUGGAGCUGGGUAAAGCGAUGUUGCUCACUUUGCGUCGUGAGAACAAUCCUGUAAAUGUUUCCCCUUCAAUUGUGUCUGUUGUCGGCACAGUUGCUUCCAUUGUGUUGGGACACUUGAAUUUUGCGGGGCGUGUGAGUGCUGCUAUGGAGAGUGAGGUUUCUGUUUCCACAAAAUGUCGAUACCUUGGCAAAGUUAUUGAUUUUGUUAGUGGAAUUCUAUUCGACAGGCCAGAAAUAUCGAACCCCAUCAUGGUAAAGUGCUUUUUUGGACAUGGGGUCAUUCAGGCUGUUUUAACCACUUUUGAAGCUACAAGCCAGUUGCUCUUCACGAUCAACAGGAUGCCAGCUUCCCCAAUGGAUAUGGACGAUAAAUGCCAGAAAGAAGAAAAAGAAGAAUCAGAUAAUUCAUGGAUAUCUGGUCCUUUAGCAAGCUAUGGGACACUAUUGGACCACUUAGCCACAUCAUCUUCCAUCUUGUCUUCCUCAACAAAGCAGUUGCUUGAGCAACCUAUUGCAAAUGGAAGCAUUUCAUUUCCUCAAGAUGCAGAGACAUUUGUGAAGGUGCUUCAAUCUAAGGUGUUAAAAGCUGUACUUCCUAUUUGGACGCAUCCUCACUUUGCUGAAUGCAAUUCGGAGUUUAUUACGUCAAUGAUCUCUAUUAUGAAGCACGUCUACAUUGGGGUUGAAGUUCGAAAUGUCAGUGGCAAUGCUGGAGCUCACUUACCUGGUCCCCCGCCUGAUGAAUCAGCUAUUUCAUUGAUUGUAGAGAUGGGUUUUUCUCGUGCUAGGGCAGAAGAAGCACUGAGACAGGUUGGCACGAAUAGUGUUGAGAUUGCAACUGAUUGGCUGUUUUCUCAUCCAGAAGAACCACAAGAAGAUGAUGAACUUGCUCGAGCUGUUGCUAUGUCCCUAGGGAACUCAGACACAUCCUUGAAGGAAGAUGAAAUUUUAAAUGCUGGUAUUUUUGACCAAGAAGAGGAAGCUGUUCAAUUACCUCCUGUUGAUGAAAUUUUAUCGGCAUGUAUCAGACUCCUUCAGGUGAAUGAACCUUUAGCAUUUCCGAUUAGGGACCUUCUUGUUAUGAUUUGUUCUCAAAAUGAUGGUGAACACCGACUGAAGGUCCUCUCUUAUAUCAUUGAUCAUGUCAAGCAUUGUUGUGUGCCAUCAGCUCCGUUAAGUGAAAGUAUGCUAUCUGCAUUAUUUCAUGUGCUUGCUUUAGUUCUCCAUGAGGAUUUUAUGGCACGGGAAAUUGCCUUUCAGGCUGGCCUGGUAAAGAUUGCUUUAGACCUGCUUUCUGGAUGGAAUCUGGGCUCUUCUGAUGGGGAGAAAUCUCAAGUUCCAAAGUGGGUGACUGCAUGUUUGCUUUCUGUUGAUCAGAUGCUUCAGGUGGAUCCUAAGAUGACUCCAGGAGUAAUUAAUUUGGAACAACUGAAAAAGGAUAAACAUAAUUCCCAGAAUUCAGUUGUGAUUGAUGAGAAUAGAAAGAAGGAUUUACAGUCUUCUUUGGGAUCAACUACUGGGAAUUUGGAUAUUCAGGACCAGAGGAGGCUUUUGGAAAUAUGCUGCAGAUGUAUACAGAAUCAAUUACCUUCUGAGACAAUGCAUGUGGUGCUGCAGCUAUGUUCUACAUUAACUAAAGUUCAUACAAUUGCUGUUAGUUUUCUCGAUUCUGGAGGUUUGCAUGCAUUGCUUAGUUUGCCUUCCAGCAGCUUAUUCCCUGGAUUCAAUAACGUAGCAGCUGCCAUCAUCCGUCACAUUUUGGAAGACCCGCAUACUCUUCAGCAAGCCAUGGAAUUGGAGAUACGUCAUAGCCUCAUUGCGGCCACAAAUAGACAUUCAAAUGCCAGAGUUUCACCACGGACCUUUGUUCAAAACUUGGCUAUUGUUAUUUCCAGGGACCCUGUGGUGUUUCUGAAAGCUGCACAAGCUGUAUGCCAGAUUGAGAUGGUAGGUGACAGACCUAAUAUUGUGCUGUUGAAAGAUCGUGAGAAGGAAAGGUCCAAGGCAAAAGACAAGGAAAAAACAGCCGAGAAAGACAAAGUAGCAGCAAGCGAUGGAAAGACUACUGGAACGGAAGUGGUCUCAGUGGCCGCAGGAAGUGGACAUAGUAAACUACCAGACUUGAGUGUAAAGAACACCAAAGCUCAUCGAAAAUCUCCUCAGAGCUUUACAAGUGUAAUUGAAUAUCUUUUGGAUUUAAUUGUGAAAUUUGUCCCUCCUUCAGAAGUUAAUUGCCAUACUGAUACAGUUCCUGGUACUCCCUCGUUAUCAGACAUGGAUAUUGAUUCCACUUCAGCUAAAGGAAAAGAAAAAGUUAUUGCUGUUUCAUCUGAAGAUGGCAAAAUUACUACCCAGGAGGCUUUAGCCUCUCUUGCAAAAAUUGCUUUUAUUAUCAAGUUAUUGACAGAGAUACUUCUGACGUAUGCUUCAUCAAUUCAUGUAUUGCUUAGAAAAGAUGCUGAACUCAGUAGUUCGCGUGCAACUUCAAAAGGUUUAUCUGGCAAUAGCAGUGGGGGAAUUUUUCAUCACAUUCUUCACAAUUUUCUCCCAUAUCCAGGAAUCCACAAAAAGGAUAAGAAAACUGAUGGAGAUUGGAGGCAUAAGUUAGCUACCAGAGCAAACCAGUUUUUGGUGGCAUCAUCUGUUCGUUCAACAGAAGGACGCAGAAGGAUUUUUUCUGAAAUUAGUCAUGUGUUUAAUGACCUUGUUGACUCAUCUAAUAAUUGUAGAUCAGCUGAUUCCCAUAUGCAUGCCUUUGUUGAUCUACUUAAUGAUAUCCUUGCUGCUCGUUCACCAACUGGUUCAUAUAUUUCAGCAGAAGCUUCAGUUACUUUUAUUGAUGUUGGGCUUGUUCGCUCUCUAAGUCGGACUCUUCAAGUUCUGGACUUGGACCAUGCUGAUUCACCAAAGCUUAUCCCAGGGAUUAUCAAGGUGUUGGAGUUGGUGACCAAAGAACAUGUGCAUUCUGCUUACAUUAACUCUGCAAAGGGGGACAACUCUCUGAAGCUUGCUUCUAAUGAGCAUCAAGUUGGUUCUUCUGAUUAUCAUGGCGAAAGGUUUCAGGCCCUAGAAAUGGCAUCACAACCUGACCAUGCCGAAGUGGUGGCUGACCAGCGGGAAGCUGUUAAUGGUAUCCAAACUUCAGGCAAUUAUCAUUCUGUUGUAGAUGAUAUGGAACAUGACCGGGAAUUGGAUGGAAAUUUUGCUCGUGAAGCUGAAGAUGAUUUCAUGCAUGAAGCUUCUGAGGAUGGUACUGGCCUGGAGAAUGGUGUUUCAACUGUGGAAAUCAGAUUUGAAAUACCACAGAAUGCGGAAGAUGAUAUGGGUGAUGAAGAUGACGAUGAAGAUAUGUCAGGGGAUGAAGGAGAGGUUGAUGAAGACGAUGAGGAUGAUGAAGAAAAUAAUGAUUUGGAAGAAGAUGAAGUUCAUCAAAUGUCUCAUCCUGACACAGAUCAUGAUGACCAUGAAAUUGAUGAUGAAGAGUUUGAUGAAGAUGUCUUGGAAGAAGAGGAUGAUGACGACGACGACGAUGAUGGUGUGAUACUCAGGUUGGAGGAGGGAUUCAGUGGAAUAAAUGUUUUUGACCACAUUGAAGUCCUUGGUGGUGACAAUUUUUCCGUGAUGCCUCUUGACAUAUUUGGCUCUAGACGUCAAGGACGGACAACAUCCAUUUACAAUCUUAUUGGAAGAACUGGUGAUCAUGGUGCUCUUCAUUUUGAUCAUCCAUUGUUGGAGGAACCUUCUUCCUUUAGACAGCUUGUUCACCAAAGACAAUCAGAGAAUGCAGUGGAUAUAGCUUACUCAGAUAGGAAUCACGAGAGUGCUUCUUAUAGAAUGGAUGCUAUCUUCCGGACAUUGAGAAAUGGGCGGCAUGGGCAUCGUUUUAAUAUGUGGCUAGAUGAUAAUCAUCAACGUGGUGCAUCUAGUGCUCCUGCAGUGCCACAAGGCAUUGAAGAACUACUUGUUUCCCAAUUAAGGCAGCCUACUGUCCAAAUUUCUGACCAAAAUAUACCCACUAACAGUCCACAGGAAACCCAUGAAACCAGCCAGUUACAGAUGUCAGAAGUGGAAGUUAGAGAAGAAGCGGAAACAAGAGCUUCUGACAAUAAUGAGAAUAUUACUCUUCCUUCACGAGUGAUAGGUGGUUCUGGAAAUGCCAGUGUUGGAUCCACAAAUGGUGAUAUAAUUCAAGAUGCAGGUGUAUCUGCUACAGGUGAGCAAGUGACAGAGAUGCAGUAUGAACGAGGUGAUGUAAUUGUACGAGAUGUUGAAGCAGUGAGCCAAGCAAGCAGUGGCAGUGGGGCAACUUUAGGGGAAAGUCUUCGCAGUUUGGAAGUGGAAAUAGGGAGUGUUGAUGGACACGAUGAUGGAGACAGGCCAGGUCCUGUGGAUAGGCUUCCUUUGGGUGAUUUGCAGCCACCUGUUCGGCUGAGAAGGUCUUCUGGAAAUCCCGUGCCAGUAAGUGGUCGUGAUACAUCACUGGAAAGCGUUAGUGAGGUCCCACAACAUCAGGACCAAGAAACUGAUCGGAGUGCUCCACAUGAGGAGCCACAACCCAAUGGAAACGUUGAGACAGACACAAUCGACCCUACAUUUUUGGAGGCUCUUCCUGAGGAAUUACGAGCUGAAGUCCUUUCAUCACGGCAAAAUCAGGUGGCACAGAUUUCGAGCGAGCAACCUCAAGCUGAUGGAGAUAUAGAUCCUGAAUUUCUUGCUGCACUUCCACCUGAUAUACGGGAAGAGGUCCUAGCACAACAACAUGCUCAAAGGCGACAGCAAGCACAACAAUUGGAAGGUCAACCAGUUGAGAUGGAUGCUGUUUCAAUAAUUGCUACACUUCCUUCAGAAAUUCGGGAAGAGGUGCUUUUAACAUCACCAGAUACACUCUUGGCUACAUUGACUCCUGCACUUGUUGCUGAAGCAAACCUGUUGCGUGAAAGGUUUGCUCAUCGUCACCACAGUGGCACACUUUUUGGCAUGAGUUCUAGAAAUCGUCGGGGUGAGUCUUCUAGGCAUGGUGAAACUAUUGGUUCCACACUAGAUAGAACUGUUGAGGCUGCUGCUCGGGGAACUGCAGUUGGCAAACUGAUUGAAACAGACGGUAUCCCUCUAGUUGAUAUAGAUGAUCUAAAAGCAAUGAUCAGACUGCUGCGUAUAGUUCAGCCAUUGUAUAAGGGUCAGCUACAGAGGCUUCUCUUGAAUCUAUGCACCCAUUAUGAAACAAGAACUUCACUGGUGAAAAUUUUAAUGGAUAUGUUAAUGCUUGAACUACGGGGAUCCAUUAACAAUUCAGUUGACUCUGCUGAAUCACCAUUUCGAUUGUAUGGGUGCCAGAGUCAUGUCGCGUACUCCCGUCCUCAAUUUAAUGGCGGAGUGCCCCCCCUAGUGUCUCGUCGUAUUUUGGAAACUCUGACUUACUUGGCGCGAAACCAUCCGAAGGUGUCUAAACUGUUACUCCAUCUUGAAUUGCCAUGUACACCUGCAUGCCUUUUGGAAACAUCUGUUCAGGCACGUGGGAAAGCUGUUCUCAUGGAAGAAGAUAAACCUGAAGGUGAAAGAGGUGCUUUUGCCAUUGUGUUGCUUCUACGUCUUCUGAGUCAACCAUUGUACAUGAGGAGUGUUGCUCAUCUAGAACAGUUGUUAAACCUUGUUGAAGUUAUUAUUGUAAAUGGUGAAAGUGACUCUGGCCUAUCCAACAAACCUGGAGCUUCUCUUGAACAACAAUCUGGUUCUGAAAACACCAUGCAAGAUGCACAGGUUACUGCUGAUGCUGUUGGAUCUGCUGCUGAAGAGGGUGUUAAAUCUGUAAAGGCCAAAGACUCUGAAAGGGCUUCUACUUCAUGUGCAGACAAUGUGAACAGUAUAAGUGACAUUCUAUUGAGCAUUCCAGAGGGAGAACUGCAACUUUUAUGCUCAUUGCUUGCACGUGAAGGAUUGUCAGAUAAUGCAUAUGUUCUUUUGGCUGAAGUAUUAAAAAUGAUGGUAGCCAGUGCUCCUACGUAUUGUCGUUUGUUCACUACGGAGCUUGUCAAUGCUGCGCGAAGUUUGAGUGUCUGUGCAAUGAAUGAACUGAACUUAUAUGAGGAUGCUGAAAAAGCUCUUCUCAGUUCAUCUUCUACCAAUGGAACCGCAAUCUUGAGAGUUCUGCAGGCCUUGAGUUCUCUUGUCACUGGAUUGCAUGAAAAGGCUCCUGAUGUGCUCCCUGAGAAAGGCCAUACUGAUGCGCUUUCUCAUGUAUGGGACAUAAAUGCUGCACUUGAACCUUUGUGGUUAGAGUUGAGCAACUGCAUAAGCAAAAUAGAGAUUUCUUCAGAAACCCCAUCAGAUAUGGUUUCUAUUUCAGGAAAUUUGGCAUCCACAAGUACACCACUGCCAGCUGGUGCCCAAAACAUCUUGCCAUACAUUGAAUCAUUCUUUGUGACGUGUGAAAAAUUACGUCCUGGGCAAUGUGAAGUAGUUCAGGAUUUUGCUACUACAAGUGACAUUGAAGAGGCAACAACACCAGCUUGUGGGCAGAAGUCAUCUGGGGCAUGUACAAGCACUGAUGAAAAACAUGUUGUUUUUGUUAGGUUUUUAGAGAAACAUAGGAAAUUGUUAAACUCAUUCAUUCGGCAGAAUCCUGGCUUGCUUGAGAAGUCAUUUUCUCUCAUGCUCAAGGUUCCACGCUUCAUUGAUUUUGACAAUAAACGUGCUCAUUUUCGGUCAAAAAUAAGGCAUCAACAUGACCAUCAUCACAGUCCAGUUAGAAUUUCAGUGAGAAGAGCCUACAUACUGGAGGACUCCUAUAAUCAAUUGCGAAUGCGAUCACCACAAGAUCUGAAGGGAAAAUUGACUGUUCAUUUUCAAGGUGAAGAAGGUAUUGAUGCUGGUGGGCUUACUCGAGAAUGGUAUCAGUUGCUUUCACGAGUAAUUUUUGAUAAGGGUGCUCUGCUUUUUACAACUGUUGGCAAUGAAUCGACAUUCCAGCCAAAUCCCAAUUCAGUUUACCAGACAGAACAUCUUUCAUACUUCAAGUUUGUUGGACGAGUGGUUGGUAAAGCACUCUUUGAUGGUCAGCUCCUGGAUGUCCAUUUCACCCGCUCAUUCUACAAACACAUUCUUGGUGUGAAGGUUACGUAUCAUGACAUUGAGGCUGUUGAUCCUGAUUACUUUAAGAACCUGAAGUGGAUGCUUGAGAAUGAUAUAAGUGAUGUUUUGGACCUUACUUUUAGCAUGGAUGCUGAUGAGGAAAAGCUGAUACUGUAUGAAAGGGCAGAGGUAACUGAUUGUGAGUUGAUUCCUGGUGGGCGAAAUAUCAGGGUCACCGAAGAAAAUAAACAUGAAUACGUUGAUCGUGUAGCAGAACAUUUGCUAACAACUGCAAUUAGGCCUCAGAUCAAUGCUUUUAUGGAAGGCUUUAAUGAAUUGAUUCCUCGGGAGUUGAUAUCUAUUUUCAAUGAUAAAGAGCUGGAAUUAUUAAUAAGUGGACUUCCAGAUAUAGACUUGGAUGACUUGAGAGCAAAUACUGAAUAUUCUGGCUACAGUAAUGCAUCCCCUGUAAUUCAGUGGUUCUGGGAAGUCAUUCAGGGCUUCAGCAAGGAAGAUAAAGCUCGAUUCCUGCAAUUUGUGACAGGCACCUCCAAGGUCCCACUGGAAGGUUUCAGUGCUCUUCAAGGAAUUUCAGGCUCACAGAGGUUUCAGAUUCACAAGGCAUAUGGGAGCCCCCACCACCUGCCUUCAGCUCAUACCUGCUUUAACCAAUUAGACCUGCCUGAGUACACCUCCAAAGAACAGCUGCAGGAGAGGUUACUUCUAGCUAUCCAUGAAGCCAAUGAGGGGUUCGGCUUUGGCUGAGUCGGAUGGAACAUUUGCAUCCCUUUUGUACAGAUACUGUAUCGAACAUGAUGUCUGGAUCCGACUCGGCCUUCCUAACGAUUGGAAAUGUGGUUUCUUGGACGCUUUCCACCUCCCACAGAUGCUAGGGUUCAGAGUUCAACUGUGAAGCUGUUUCUUGAUCGAAUAAUGAUGAUUUGAAAGGAGUGAAGGCCCUAUAUAUUCUCCAUCGCCAAGUUCUAGUUUGCAGGUUGGGGGUGAGGUAUGCUUCGAGAUCAGAGUACCGUUCGGUGUUCGGUGUGAUAAUCUGCACGGCAACUUUCUUUUUCUUUCUCCCCAAUUGUUUCCGACAGCUUUUGUACCUGAAAGUAGCACAUAGUUUUUUUAAUUUUUUUUUCUUGGAAUACUUUUGGAAAGAUUAUGUAUGGUGACCUCUAGUUAUCAAUCAGUACAAGGUUUACAUAACAAUCU